UCCUUACCAUAUUCGAUCUCAUUUGCCUCCAUUCUCUCUAACUCUCUCUUUCUCUUCGCCGAUUGAACGGCGUGGCGACGUGGAGCUCUGUCGCAUAUCCAAAUCUCACAUCCGUCUCUCCUUCAGUCGAAGACGAAGUUUUAAUUCAAAAUGUUGUUGAGUUUUAAGAAGGUAUCGCAAACAGAAGUACAAACAAAGCCUAUAGAGUCAACAUCACUUGUUAAGGAUAAUAUCGUUGAUGAUGGUUGUAAUGAGAAUGAUGCUGGAGAAGAUGAGGAUAAUAUUGAUGAUGAUGAUGACGACGACGACGAUGAGAUUGAAAUAAGCAUGGCUAAUGUGGCUAAUGAAAUUGAAAAAAGUAAAGAUAACGAUAUCAGUGAAGAGGAAUUUCAAGGUGAUGAUGAAACCUAUCCGACAACACCUUUGAAGACAGAUGAGGAAUGGAAAGAAUUUGAAGCUCCGUAUCGGAGAAAACAAAAUCAAGUGACAACCGGACAAAGUCAAACAAAUGUGGAGAACCUUCUUUACUUGGGUCAGACAUUCAAAACAUGUGAAGAUUUCAAAGAAGCAAUGUUUGAAUAUGUUUUGAAGAGUCAAUUUGAUGUGAAAUGGUCUAGGUGUGACCGGGGAGAACGUCCCAGAUACGCUGCAGUUUGUCGCACAGGAGGUUGUCCAUGGCGGAUUUAUUGUUCAGUGGAGAAACCCAUAAAUAUGUGGAUGAUUAAAGUUUGUCAUCCUCAUCACAGUCACCCAGCUAAUGGAUACUCAGGGAUGAUUACAAUGAGACAUUUGGGUAAGAUGUAUGUAGAAGUUUUCAGGAAUUUACCAUCAUACAAGGCUUCACAGAUGGAACAUGAUUUGAAGGUUGGUUAUAAUCUCACGGUGUCGACAUACAAAUGUUUCAAGGCACGACAAAUUGCGUUGCAGAUAGUAAAGGAGGAUCAGAGGGUUCAAUUUGCAAAGCUUUGGGAUUACGAGGCAGAGAUUCGUCGAUCCAAUCCUAACACAUCCACAGAAAUAGUCCGUGCAACUUUUAAAGGUGAGAAAGUGUUCGAUAGGUUUUAUAUUUGUUUUCAGGUUCUCCGCGACACUUGGAAACAAUAUUGUCGACCUGUUAUUGGCUUGGAUGGUUGCUUCCUUAAAUGGGACUUGAAAGGGGAGUUAUUGGCUGCGAUUGGUAGAGAUGCCAACGAUCACAUUUACCCAAUUGCAUGGGCUGUAGUACGGAUUGAAGACAAAGACACAUGGGCAUGGUUCAUCCGUAAGAUAAAAUCUGAUUUAGGUCUUGGAGAUGGACAGAAUCUGACUCUUCUCUCCGACAAACAAAAGGGUUUGAUAAAUGCUGUGAAAUACGAGCUUCCAUGUGCUGAGCAUCGUAUGUGUGCACGACAUAUGUAUGCAAAUUGGAAGAAAAAUUUCAAGGGUCCUGAUUUGAAGGAUAUAUUUUGGAAGACAGUAUACAGUUACCAUCAAGGUCAAUAUAAAAAUGCUAUGGAAGAAAUGAAAACUAUCAACCCAUUAGCAUAUGGAGCAAUGUUGCGUACAAAUCCAGAGAUUUGGUGUAGAGCUUUCUUUAAUAAGGACUCGCAUUGUGAGGAUGUUCACAACAAUCACUCCGAGAGUUUCAACAACUCCAUAAAAGAAGCACGAAAGAAGCCAAUGAUUGACAUGUUAGAAGAUAUCCGUAGACAAACAAUGAAGCGAAUUGCAAAGAUGUCAAAGGUUUCAGGUAAAUGUAUCACUGAAUUCACUCCAAGAACAAUGAUAGAAUUGGAAAAAAGCAGAAACCAAUCAAGGUUUUGUUUUGUAACGCCGAGUGGUCGCGGUAUAUAUGAGGUAAUGGAGUUUGGCAUCAGUUACUCUGUUGAUUUGAGUGGACAUAGUUGCGCUUGUCGGAAAUGGGAUUUAACGGGCGUACCUUGUCAGCAUAGCCUUGCUGUCAUCAACUUUAAAAAAGACAAGCUUUCUGGUUAUAUUUCGGAGUAUUUCUUGACUUCAAGAUGGGUGGCUAUGUAUGAAAAUAACAUUUUACCGGUGAAUGGUCAACCGUUGUGGCAAAAAGUUGACAAGCCUCUAAUAGGUGUGCCGGAUAAGAGAAAAAUGCCGGGUCGACCUAAGAAACAUAAUCGAAAGAAGGACCCUCAUGAGUCUCCGUCAAAGAGUGGAAAAUUGUCAAAGCAUGGAAGAGUGUUUACAUGCGGGCGAUGUAAACAAGUUGGACACACAAAAAAAUCAUGUAAAAAUGAUCCGGUAGAUGCUCCAUGCGGUCCUAAACGAUUGAGAGGUAGACCCAAGAUAUCGGUGACAGUCUCAGGUACAUCGAACCCGACUCAAUCGAGCCAAAACUCGGUUUCCCACCUGUGUCUCAUUCCUCGCAACACCAAUAGUUCUCGUCCCAGUCAAACUUAUGUGUCUCCAUUCACCAGUAGACCGUUCAAGGCUCCUCGACGUCAACCCACUUCGAGUCUUCCAAAUUAAAGUGACUGAGCAUUAUACCAAUUUUUUGAAAUUUUUUUAUUAGGCCUUUUUGUCCGGAUAUCUUUCUAUUAGGGCAUUUUUCUUUCGGAUAUCUUUGUAUUUGAUCAUCUAUUACAGUUAUUGGUAUUUUUUUAAUCUUGUUUUA